GAAGUCGGAAACUGCCUAAAUGAGUUGUGCAGCCCAGAGGAGUACGACUCUCCGAGGGCGUCCGUCCGUCCGGUAGUCAGCGAGACUGGCGGGGGUAUAAAGCUGCACGUGUCGAGCCAACCGCAGUAGCGAACAGCCAACAGCGUCGGAAACAUCGCCCUAAUCCAACCGCAGUCCAGAGACAAGAGUUUUAUUUUCCAUUCCGUCAACUCUUUUUUUUUCAACUGGGAACCCCAGAGAGGCUAAUGAGUUCAAAGGCGUUGCUAUUUACCUUCUCGCCACUGCUGCUGGUGUUUUCGUUUUGCCGGUCAGUGCCGAUAGACGACGCGAGAGACUCGAUGGGCAGGUCGGUUUCGGUGAACACUGCCGAGGCGGCGGUCAGAAACUUUCCGAUGACUACCGACAUGCCGAGAAGAAAGCGAGAGCUUCCGAGCGGCGACGUAGACGUCCAGGACGACUUCGGGUCGGGUGAAGACUUGGACCUCCUCUCGACGGGUCUUGAGCACUAUUCCUCUGAUAAGGAGGAGGUUACAAGAGACGACAGAUGGGAAAGAAAUAUCGACGACGAUAUCGUGCGGAUGCGGCAGCUGUACUGCCGGGCUGGCGGGCAUCACCUACAGAUCCUCCCCGACGGGACCGUCAAAGGCACCAGACACAGCGGAGACCAGUACGCUGCGUUAGAGAUGGCCCCGGUCCACUUUCGUGGCGUCAUGAGAAUCAAGGGCUACGCCACCGGCCUGCACCUCUGCAUGGACGCUAGGGGGCGCCUCUACGGAUCGUCUGUAUUCACGGAGGAGUGUAAGUUCCGAGAGACCUUGGAGGAGAACCUGUACAACACGUACUACUCCGUCCUGUACGGCGCCAGGAGAAAACGUUGGUAUGUGGCCCUCAACAAGCAGGGACGGCCCCGAAAUGCACUGCGCACCAAGCGGAAACAGUUGUCCACGCACUUCCUGCCGAGACGAGUGUAGGGCGACAAGGGUUAAACAACAACCUUCUCCACUUCAUUGUUGCACCAUGCACUUGUCAAUGUAAAUCUGUUGGGAGAAUAUAAAGGAUAACCUCUCACCUUUCAAAAUGCAUUAGCGUAUCAGAUACCCAAUGAUGAUACGUUGGUGUGAUGCCCCUUGACAU